CGAACCGCUCACACUGCGGCAAGUCUCCUGUAACCUUUUUAAUUUUCUUCUGGAACUGUAAUAAACCAAUGUCCGCGAUGUUUUGCUCAUGAUAAUAAUGAAUCUAGCCAUACCAAGAAGUGUUUUAGUGGUGUUUGAUCGUCUAGAUUGUUUGUGAGUGUUGUUAAAAUAAACGUUCAAACUGGCGACCGACAGUGAUAGCAAGUCAAACAUGGCUUCUUCGGCGAGAAUUAUCCAAAGUAAUUCCGCCUGGUUUCAGAAGAAAAUCAAUUUGAGGCCGCAGCACAGGGGCGUACAUCUGGUCACUGAGGAGAUCCUCAGGCAGGUGCCCGAACUGUCGCAGUUCGCCAUGGGCCUCUGUCAUGUACAGAUCUUGCAUACCAGCGCCAGUCUGGCCCUCAACGAGAGUUGGGACCCGGACGUCAGAGACGACAUGGAGAUGAUGUUGAACAAGAUUGUGCCUGAGGGGCUGCCCUAUAGGCAUUCGUGCGAGGGCCCCGAUGACAUGCCGGCACACGUGAAGGCAUGCUUCCUGGGCUCAUCGUUGACCAUUCCGAUAACCGAGGGCAAAUUGAAUUUAGGGACGUGGCAAGGCGUCUGGCUGUGCGAACACAGGGACCACGCGGGCUCACGUAAACUGCUCAUUACCUUGAACGGGUGUCUGCGCGACGCCACCUGCACUCCUCUGUCUCCCGUCAGCCCAAUGGCCAGCACGAGCAGUUAGGGAAAACACUCGGGUCAUUCAUUGUCCAAACAUUGAAUGACUCGAGUGCCUCACAAACUCAACAAACUAUUACCAACAAAUAUUAAUUGAAAAAUCACCAAAAAAAUAACAAACAAACAAACAAAUAACUAAACUUCAAGCUACGAGCUAGUGUCACGCACAGACUUAAAAAAUAUUAAAAUUAAACGACAAUAUGUACAUAGUUGUACAUUGUAUAUUACGGUAUGUCCUCUCGGUUUUUAAUAGGCGGUUGCGUAAUUGUUUUAGGUGCUGUGCGUUCAGUUUUUUUAUAUAUAUAUUUUUAACAAAGUUGAUUUGUGCAAACCGAUUUGGGAGUGUCGUUGGUGAGUCUCCAUUGUUCCUUCUGUUUUUUAUUGUAAUAAGAAAAAACGAGUUUGUUGACCGUCAAGGUGGCGACGAUUCGUACCGGAAGCGCCGCACAAUGGACGCAACACACGGCAGAAACAACCCGCCUUAAACCCUAAAACGAAACUACCGCCACAACCCUUCUACCGCCAUGGCCCACUCACUACGAUUUCCGCUUCGUUAUACAGGGUGUCUCAGCUAAGACUUUCGAACCUGAUAUCUCAGAUAUUUGUCAACGGAUUUUUAUGAAAUUUAAAAUGCACAUAUUUUAGAAGACAAAGUUUAAAAUCCAAUUAAUGCAACAACGCAAUCUUUAAAACGUAAUUUUACAUGCCUUUUUAAAAUGUUAAGUCUUUUAAGACUUAUAUUAAAAAAAUUAUCGUCAGUGAAAAAUGCUAUAAGAAAAAAAUCGUUCGUGGAAGACGUCUGUUUCGCGAGAAAAAUGAGCAACAAAUUGUUAAACGUGGGUACAGAUGCAGAAGUGUAGAUCUCUGUGAGACAAAUGAGCACUACCAUUGAAUUUUGGUCAAUCCUACUCGCAGAAACGUAACUGUCACGCAAGGGACAUUUCACAAUUAUCUCUCACCCAUACAAAGUUAAAAAACAAUAUUUGUGACUUACUUUUGGUACUGGAUGCUUUAAUUCUUUCAAAAACGACUAAAAAACUGAACAACAACUGAAAAAUUCUAGACACUUAAACAUUCAGGACUUUGGAAAUGUUUCGUACACUGCUGAUUGGAUUCUCUUCAAAAGCUUGAAUUACAGCCCCAACUAUUGCUUCAUUUCCAGUGACGUGUUUUGUCCUUAUUGACGAUUCUUUGAACUUUAAAUUUCGUAAAUAACAUUUCUCAAAAAGUCCAACGACACAUUCCAUAGACGAAUAUUGAUUCUUUUUUCAACAAUACAGAAAUUUCAGCCACUGUUGUUGGUUUUUAAAGUAAUUUCACCAAAUUAAAACAAUUUUACUUUUCUGAAAGCGCGCACACUUUUGAGAGUUUUUUUCAGUGGUACACAAAAUGCCGCAUAGAAAUGCUUCAUCACUUGUUUCAAAAGGUGACUGCCCAAAUUACUAUCAAAAUUUGGAUUAAGUUUUUAACAACAAAAUUUAAUUUUUUUUUUGGAUCAGCCGAGCAAUUUGGUUAAUUUUUUGUGGCCAUUUAUUUUUCGGGGUUUAAUGAUCCAACGGUAAUUUGGCUUAAUUUUAAAUAAAAGAAAUGUGUUUUAAAAUCUCAUUUUUUAACUUGAGGUCAAUUGAAAGACCACCUCCUAAAAUAUGUGCAUUCUAAAUUACAUACCAAUCCGUUGACAAAUAACUGAGAUAUUAAGCUCGAAACUUUUAGGUGAGACACCCUGUAUUACCUACCAAAAUUUUAUUAAAGCUCUCAGCUUCGCUUGGGCUUCACGCUGCAAAAUUAUACUUACCGCACGUAUAAUGUAUGCCUCGACCAUUUUAAUUUUUUUAUUAAAUAACAGUACAUAAUUUUUUUAAGUUUAAAAAAAAAUAAAUAAAUGAAGCAGAAUUCGGGGUGGGUGGCCGUGGUACCGUUCUGUGACAAUAAAAGAAACCGUCGUUUGUUUCCGGUACGAAUCGACGUCGUUCCUUCGUCUAAGUGUACAUAAUAACAUUACGGGUUGUAAAUAAUGUGUGUUGUUACGGACUGAUGCUGUCUGUCUUCCUCCCUUUAGCAAUAUCCAUUUAGUCUUCUCCCUCGUCCCCAUCCUCUCACUUUAAUUUUUCGUUGAUUAUAAUACAACAAUCGGCAUACAACGACAGUUUUUUUUGGUUUUGCGUUCGCUACUGUGACAUAACAGGGUACGUAAAUUGAUAGUUCCGCGACAAACGCGCCCUCUGGAUGGUCGUCCGUUCACUUUCAAUGUGGCACGUUGUUAUUUACACGAUUUUUUCUCGGCUGAGGCGAAAUUCAACAAAUCGUGGCUUACAUUAUUAAAAAUCACAUUCCUUUAGGCAUUGAGUGCAUCCUAUGACAGCAUUCGUUUUGUUUUUUAGAUUUUAUUUUGAUACGCUGGGCUAUUUACACGCGAAAUUGCGUAUAAGCACAAAACGGCGUGUGGUUGCGUGUAAGUGGCCACGUCAUUUUGAAUAUAUUGUUUUUAUGAU